AAAGGAGAGGAGGCUGCCACUUUUGUCAUCUUGCCCUGCUUACAUCUUCAAAAAAAUUUUCUUAGGUGCUAAUGAUUUUCCAAGCCCAUUGAAGGCAGCAUUGGGGAGGGGCCCUCCCUCCAGAGCCAGCCUGCCUGGGUUGAAUCAUGGCUGUACUGCUUCUAUGGGAUCUUAGAAAGCUGCUUAACCUCUCUGAGCCUCAGUUUCUGCAUUUGUUAAAUAGGGGACAAGGAAGGGCCUCCCACUUAGUGUUGUGGGUACUGGAGAGCUGAUACUAGAACACUUACAAGCGCAUGUGUUGGUCACAUGAGAGGUGUGCCAUUGAAGCUGCUGCUGCUGUUAUUGCUGGGUCCUCCCGGCAGUCCUUGGGGGGAGGCAGCGCAGAGGUGGUUUUCCCUGUAUGUGGGGCCUGACCUUGGGCUUGCAGAGCGAAUGUGUGGUACAGUCCACAUCUGAACCCAGGUUCUCUGCCACCUGGCCCAGGCCAGAUGACCAGCGUGGGGGUCAUUUGGUGAUCAAACCUCUGGCCAUGUCUCCAGGAAGAGGCAGGCCUUAAGGACCUCACCUUGCAUGGGUGAGGACCCUGCAAGGAGCUGGGAGAGACGGGGGCCUGGCAGGAAGGCAGGGUUCUUUAGAUAAGUGCUGGGAGGUGGGGGAGUUCUCACACCCUUGGGUCCUGGGAGAGGGCAAAGCAGAGAGGGCAUCCUAGCCCUGGGGGCCUGGGGUGCAGGAGGGAGGCUCUGCGGCCUCCCUGCCUGGGUAGCAGAACUGGAGUGCCUGACACCUGCCUGCCCUCAAUAGGGCAUGACCAUUCGGCCCCUGGUAGACCUGUUGGCUGUGAAGAAAAAGCAAGAGACAAAACGCUCCAUCAACGAGGAGAUCCACACACAGUUCCUGGACCACCUUCUGACAGGCAUCGAGGACAUCUGUGGCCACUACGGUCACCACCACUGGAAGGACAAGCUCAACCGGUUUAAUAAGAAAUACGUGAAGAAGUGUCUGAUAGCCGGCGAGCGCUCCAAGGAGCCCCAGCUCAUUGCCUUCUACCACAAGAUGGAGAUGAAGCAGGCCAUCGAGCUGGUGGAGAGCGGGGGCAUGGGCAAGAUCCCCUCUGCUGUCUCCACCGUCUCCAUGCAGAACAUCCACCCCAAGUCGCUGCCUUCCGAGCGCAUCCUGCCCGCGCUGUCCAAGGACAAGGAGGAGGAGAUCCGCAAAAUCCUGAGGAACAACUUACAGAAGACCAGGCAGCGGCUGCGGUCCUACAACAGACACACGCUGGUGGCAGACCCCUACGAAGAAGCCUGGAACCAGAUGCUGCUCCGGAGGCAGAAGGCCCGGCAGCUGGAGCAGAAGAUCAACAACUACCUGACAGUGCCGGCCCACAAGCUGGACUCUCCCACCAUGUCCCGGGCCCGCAUCGGCUCAGACCCGCUGGCCUAUGAGCCGAAGGAGGACUUGCCUGUCAUUACCAUUGACCCGGCCUCUCCACAGUCACCCGAGUCUGUGGACCUGGUGAAUGAAGAGCUGAAGGGCAAGGUCUUGGGGUUGAGCCGGGAUCCUGCGAAGGUGGCCGAGGAGGAUGAGGAUGACGAUGGGGGCAUUGUGAUGCGGAGCAAGGAGACUUCGUCCCCAGGAACCGACGAUGUCUUCACCCCCGGGCCCAGUGACAGCCCCAGCUCCCAGAGGAUACAGCGCUGCCUCAGUGACCCAGGCCCACACCCUGAGCCUGGGGAGGGAGAACCGUUCAUCCCCAAGGGGCAGUAGCACCAGGGCCAGCAGGCAGUGCCCGUCCCCUCACAGACUUUCCCACCAGAGCAGGGGCUGCUGGGGGCUCCCCUUGCCGUUCCUGACCCAGAUGGGCCCUUCCCCUCCCCCUACCGCAUGGCAGCUGGGCCCACAGCCCCCACCCCAGAACAGCUUCUCCCUCCCCCACCUCCUGGGAAGCCUCCUCCACACCAGAACUGCCUCCCCAAUCCAUGUGGCAGAAUUGCUCGGGCUGGUGAGGCCGGUCCUGCCCUCCCCUAGAUCCAGGCUUUUCCAGGACCUGGACUAGGGCCUCGGAGGCUCUUCCCUCUGCCAUCCCCCUCCUCGUUCAGACCAAUCCUAGUUUCCAACCAAAGAGUCUCUGGCUCAGCUGUGGUCCCACCCAGGAAGGGAGGGAGCUGAGGCCUCCCUCAAGCAGGCCCUGCUUUAUCAGGGGACACACCAGGGGUACCAGGCAUCUGGCUGGGGGAGGGACUGCUGGCCCACCAAGAUCUCACACUCCUCCUGCCAGCUCUGUCACCCUGGCCACCACCUCGACCUGUCCUUACUCAGAGCUGUGGGCUGAGGGCAUCUCUGAGUGUCUCUGCCUGGAGCAGGGGUGGUUUCUACGGUGACAGUGACGUGACUCAGAGCUUUCCAAACUGUGCUCCCACGGGGACCACUGGCCCUCAGGGGAUGCUGCUGGGGAAGGACUGGCUGUGGCUCCAGAAUGUGCUGCCUUUUUUAAGUUUCGUUUGUUCAUACUUCCAUAUAUAUGAUUGUUUUUGCACAGAGGGCACUCCUAUUUUUAAAACGUUUUGAAAACUGCUGGCUGAACAGUGCUCUGCCCUCUUAACUCCCCUCUCACACUCCAGGAAUGACCCCUCCUCAUCUGUGCCUGUCUGUCCAACCCCGCCCCCCCCACGUUUCUCAAGAGCCUGCUGGGCUCUUGACUGUGGCCUGAAGGCUCUGACAUCAGAAGUGACUCCCACUCCUAAUCAAGAGUCUCUCCAACCUCACAGAUGCUGGGCCUCUUGGCACCUGCCUAGCUCUUGGGCCUGACCUUCAGUCCUGCUGGCCUGCUCUUACUUCCCCCACCCUGGGUUUGGCCCCUGGAAAGCACCCCUCGUGUGUACCACACCCCGCCUGCUGUGGAGCCCACUGUGGAGUUGGGGGUGGGGGAGGGUGGAGAAGGCCUCCCCUGAGGAUCUCCUGUCCCCCAGGGCUGGUGGGCUGGGCAGAAUCCUGGGCCCCCAAGAGGCCUUUGCUCACACACACUCCUUUCCCCUGUCCCCAGGGCACUCCCCCAGGAUCGUGCAAUAGUCAGAGUGUCCCUCUUUGCAGGGGACUGGGCCGUGGGUCCUCGGCCCAUCUGUCCAUCCUCCUCUCCAUGCAAGUGCUGUUUGGGCAGGAGUCACCAUGCAAGGGUGACGUCGGCAACCAUGUACCAAGCCACCGCAGCUGCUGCCACUCUGCCGCCUGUACAGAAGAAACUGAAUCUUUUUCAUAUUCUAAUAAAUCAAUGUGAGUUUUUGGUAGA